ACAAUUUUAAUGUUUCGCAACUGACCGUGAUUCGAUCACUGUGCACGAAAUAGAUUGCAAUGUAGAAACACCGUGUGACAAAGCUGACGUGGGAUUCCCCAUCCAGAACAUACGAAAUAUUGAUAUUCGCUCCCCGAACGACUUUACUAACGUUUAGAUGUUUUGCCUCAGUUUUAGAGCAGUGUCAUAUGACAAUUCAGCCAGGAUAAAUAUUAAGUGACUGAACACAAUUUGCAAGUGAAAAUAUUGUGGCAAGCCGACCAUUGCAGAUUUGCAGAUGACUGGAAACUACACUCUUACUGCCUUUUUUGACACUGAUCAACGUCAUACUUUUGUUGAGUCUAGUCGAGGCACCGUUUGUAUUGGUUUUACAGCUAAUUCAUCAACACAAACAAAGAUAAGUGGUGCUGAAAUCUUCUCAAUUCAUACGAGCGGCUCUGAACUCAGCUUUUGAGCGAAUAAAACUGACAUCUGAAAAUAUUUUGAAGCUUGGAUCCUAUUCGCUACUAUAACUUCGGGCAUAAUCUUGAUUUGGAAAAUUUGGCGGGAGACCAGGGGGAAAAUGGCAUUUUAUGAAGCAACGAGUGUGGAGGAAUAUUUCAAGCUGCUCUAUUUGACUUUCAAUGAUGAGUUCAUGAUGCGAUCGCCUGGUCGCAAACAGUUUGCCGCCUUUUCCCUGGACAUGGCUGGACUGUACAGCGAAAGACCGAUCCUCCGAGGUCCCCCGUUCGGUGGCGGAGGAUUCCUCAGUUGGGACUUCGCUGUCGCAACCAGCAACCGAGAGCCUAAUGGUACCAUCCAGCACGCCGAGCAACGGGUUCUGUGCCACUUGAUAUCCAAUCUCGAAGACCUCGUACACCUUAACGACCACGCCCAACAUUCGCUGUACCUCUUCACCUACUUCUCCCCUUGCGAGGAUUGCCUCGUCUUCAUAGAUCAGCUCCUAGAUGGGUUGCGGACAAAAUUGCCGAAGAUGAAGGUUUAUCUUGGAUACGUCGAGAUGUACGUUGAGAGAGAGGACCGGAAAUUGGCGAGCUCUGCCGAUCAGUCGAUGAAAAAUGUCGAAGCCGUCUAUGCACUGGAACGACUGUUUCCGAAUUUUCACGUGAUGGAGAUCCCGAACGUGGUGAAUCGGAACGGGUCUUUCUCGAAGCUCCACAUUGAGUCCUGAAAGGUCAAGAUGGUGAAUUUAUAAUUUUGUACAAUCCUUACAGGUUGCCAUAAACAUUGUUUGUUACUAUAGCUAUAUACUACCAUUCAAAAUGCCUGUGUACCGCAGUGGACACAGCUCUAUAUUUCACCUAGAGAUAACCUUGUCAUCCUCCUCCUCCUCCUCCUCCUCCUUCUGUUUGGGUACAACAGUCUUCAACAGAUAACAUCUGACAACACUUAUCUGGUAAUGGAGGAUAAUUAUGAUAAAAAUCUACCAUGCCUCAGAGUCAGAUGCAAAACGGAAAUUCUUGACUGCAUGGUUCAUUAGUGGGCGUGGUAGAAGUGGGCGUUGCAGAAAUGGGCGUGGCACCUUUUUUUUUUUUAAAUUAAAGGCUGCAUUGCGAUAUUACCUUGAUAUCAUUGAACCAUCUUUUUCAGUCUGUCUGUCUUUAAAAAAAAAAGUUUAUGAACAUGAAUCUGGCUAAUUCUAUAAUGGAAUAGAUUUAAUGGUUAGUCUUAAUUACGAAUCGCUAUAGAGUUUAUGUUUAGUAAAGCAUAUACGUGGCAUAUAACUUAAACAACUUUGUUAACGUUUUUCUGACAAUGUGAAUUGUAUAUAUUUGUAUAUUAAUAUUUUCUCUGAAAAGUAAGUUUCACGCAGGGCUGUAAAUAGGCGUACAGGCAUGUAAUAACAUUUCGAUAUCAUAACACGCCAUGUAUAUCCAUUUCAAGUAGUGGAAAAGGAUUCUAUUUUUAUAAUAAAUACGAAAUAAUGUUGGAUUCUGUUUCUCUUGUUAAAGUGACUUUCAAGAGAUAUAUAAUGCUGACAUGGUAGGAAGUAUAUUCUUCGUGACAUACACGUGCAAUAGUUAUUGUAACAAUUAAUUUCCGUAGGAUUUUGACUCAUGAAUACUUGUAUCGUAAC